UUCACUUAGUGACAUAAUUAAAAGGAAAAUGUGGGCUGUUGGUCUGGAAGAAUGCCCAAGCCCAGCAGGCCUGACUAUGCACAGUGCUUGAUGCUUAUUUCCUUGCAAUCACACUGGCUCCGUGUAUGUGAUGGGAUGAUUGCCAAGGAAGUAGGAGAGACAUCAUUCUUGUUUCUUUCAGAUGCAGCCCAUUGCACCAAGUGUCUGGAAGAUCUGCAUCCAAACAAGGGUCAGAAUCGAUGCAUCCCAAAGCCCAUAACAUUCCUCACCUAUGAAGAACCAUUGGCAAUUGUCCUUGCAUCCAUUGCCCUGUUUUUGUCAUUCAUCACAAGCUGUGUGUUGGUGCUCUUCACCAAAUUCCUAGAAACUCCCAUUGUCAAAGCCAACAACCAGGACCUCUCCUACAUUCUCCUUGUCUCCCUCCUGUUUUCAUUCAUGUCCUCUUUCCUGUUUAUUGGCCGGCCAAGCGAGGUGACUUGCUUUCUCCAGCAAACGGUCUUUGGCAUCAUCUUCUCAGUUGCUGUCUCAGCUUUGCUGGCCAAAACAAUCAUGGUGGUGCUGGCCUUCCUGGCCACCAAGCCAGGAAACAGGGUCAGGGCAUGGCUGGGGAAGAGCCUGGCCAACUCCAUUGUCACCUCCUGUUCUGGUGUCCAGGUUCUCCUCUGCACCGCAUGGCUGGCCACCUCUCCCCCAUUCCCUGAUGCAGACAAGCACACCCAGCCUGGGCAGAUCGUCUUGCAGUGCAACGAAGGCUCUGUGGCCAUGUUCUACACUACCCUUGGCUACAUGGGCUUCCUGGCAGCCAUCUGUUUCACGGUGGCCUUCCUGGCCAGGAAGCUGCCUGGGUCCUUCAAUGAGGCCAAGCUAAUCACCUUCAGCAUGCUGGUCUUCUGCAGCGUCUGGGUCUCUUUUGUGCCCACCUACCUGAGCACAAGGGGCAAGUACAUGGUGGCUGUGCAGAUCUUCUCUAUCAUGGCCUCCAGUGCUGGGCUGCUGGCCUGCAUCUUCCUCCCCAAAUGCUACAUUAUUCUUCUAAGGCCUGAUCUGAACACAAAGGAGCAUCUCAUGGUGAAAACUACAGACUAA